AUGUCGCUGGAUGAGUCUGACAUUGAAGGGUUGAUGGAGGCUGAAAGAGGAGACGACUUCAUACUGGCACAGCUGGAGCAGCGUUGGAUGGUGCUGCACAACCUCAGCCAAAAGCAGCGCCGCAUGGUGAAAUACUUCGAGAUUCGCGACAUGAAUGGCGCUGCGAUUUCAACCCUCAUGUCUGAGGGCACCAACCAGCUUUCGAAGAUAAAGAGCACGUUGGGCCUGGUGCAAGACUUCUACCCUGAGAUGAUCCAUCAGGUCUCGGUGCUCAACUCUACUUCUGCCUUCUCGGGGCUUUUCAACUUUGUCUCCCCGCUGCUGAAUGAGCGGAUGCAAGCCAAGAUCAAGGUCUCCGCCACCGGCCUCCCCUUCGAGGAGCUUGCCGGGCUUAUGGAGCCCAAGGCCCUGCACUCUUGGGUGCAGGAGACCAGCAAACAUCUCAGUUGGUCGCAUCUGGUUGUGCCCAGUGGUGGGAAUGAAUUCCUCUCGCGCUGGUUGCAUCCGGGGGAUUCGCUGGAGUGGACAGCCAUCCUCGAGGAUGGAGAGCAGGUGAUGAUUCACAGUGCCUUCCUUCCACAGGACGAGUCGCAACAAGAAGAGCUGGCAUUCGUGGGCGAGGAGAAGCUGCUUCUGCGGAAGGCCAUCACCAGCGAGUUUGAGGCACCGGCGGAAGGUAUUUACUGGCUUUGUGUCGACAACAGCGCCUCGUGGGUGAGCAGCAAGACAAUCACCAUCGACGUUCGGUGA